AUGGACGAGUGGAAGCUCGAAAAGUCUACCCCACAGCGGGUGUACCGGCGUCCCCUUGGCUUGCUAGAACAGGGCUUUUACUGGGACAGUCAAUUUUCGGGAACCGCCGACACUUUGCAGCUCGUUUCCCUCCGUGUUGAGCCACAGAGAGUGACUCCGGAGCUACUCGAAAGGGCUUGGAACUUCACGAAGCAACGUCACCCGCUUCUUGGUGCCCGCGUAGAAGAGCUUUCCUACCGACAGCAGGACUUCGUCCUCGAGGAAUCCCGCCUUCACUCCUGUAUACCCGGCGAAAUUAUUUACGACUCGAUACCUUCGGCAGCGGAGGCACACAGCUACGCCGACCGAAUCAUCAACUCCCCGCGCCGACUCACCAAUGACCUUCUUGCUCAAUUGUUCAUCAUUCUGCAAGCGGACGACGUUCAAACGACGCAUCUCAUUAUAGUGGUUGCACACAUGAUCACCGACGGCAUGGGAAACUUUGCUCUUCUACGCACCCUGAUGGAGGCGCUCUCGCAGCCCUCCGUCGAUGUUGGCCCUCUGGAAGAGCGGCUAUGGCUCGCACGCUCGACGAAUGCCCUCUUCGCCGACAGCGAGCAGCCUGUUGCAAGACAGAGGUGGCAUCGUGCUCUAGGCGCCGUCAUCAUGCAGCUUCGAAUGUCUGGAAUGAAGGGUGGUCACACAUUACCACGGAAAAUAUCUGCUGCGACGCCUUUUACGCCGACCCGCUCGCGAUUCCUGGACACAUCAUUCAGCCCCUCGGAGACGAAAAAAAUUAUUCAGAGCUGCCGCGAGCAGAAGGUCACCUUCGGCAACGCAUACCACGUUCUCGGACAGAUCGCAAUGACGCGCGUCCUUCAUCGCCUUCACCUUGCCGGCAAGAUAUCAGACGACGAAUGGGCAUUCCGCCAGCGCGAACCCUUCAUGCCCGGUGGCCCUCUCAAUCAGCGCCCUUUCCUCGACCCGGAGUGGUACGCGCGCGGAGGGUCUGCCACCGUCAACGUCGCGAUCUCCUUCUACUUCAACCGCUUGCCGGUGAUGCCUGGUGGCAAGAAUGCUGGCGCGCAUGGACGGCUACCCACGUACGUUGAGUUGCUGUCUAAAAGACGCUUCUUUCUGCGCGCGCGGAUGAUGAAGGCGCAGGCCAACGCCUUCGUCCGCCAUCCGCGCCACAUCGACAUCAACUACGCUCGUUUACCAAUCCGUGUCGCGGGGGCUUCAGUCCAGGUCGAGCGCUGGCGCGCUAUCCAACGUUCAGGCGCUUCGGACCUUUCCACCGAACCCAUCUCCGCUAUCGAACAAGCGAAGGGUGCGAAUUUCGUCAUGACCUUUGGUGGAUCGAGUAUGGGCAACGUGAGUCUAUGCCUUCCCGUCAUUCCUCUCAAAUACCCCGCCAAUUCGCCUGAACCUAUUAUUGAGAUACUGGAGACGCACACUCGUCUUCGUACCCGCCCCACGGAACUCUACCUCGGCGGAGCCACCUUCAAGGGCCAGCUUGGGUUGGUCGUCCACUACGACGGCAACGUCUACGAAGACGCAUUGGUCCAAGAAUGGCUAGAUGAAGUGCGUAACGCCGUGCACUGGUACUUGGGCGACGGUGCGAAGGCACAGGAUGCUGGUGCUGGGAUACAAGCAAAAUUAUAG